AUGAGGGAAUACAAACUUGUUGUGCUGGGAUCCGGAGGUGUGGGAAAGUCAGCUUUGACAGUGCAAUUCGUCCAAUCCAUCUUCGUUGAGAAAUAUGAUCCUACAAUCGAAGACUCAUACCGGAAGCAAGUCGAAGUCGAUGGGCAACAGUGCAUGUUGGAAAUUCUUGACACGGCAGGAACAGAGCAAUUCACGGCGAUGCGUGAUCUCUACAUGAAGAACGGCCAGGGAUUCAUACUCGUAUACAGCAUAACAUCGCAAGCCACUUUCAGCGAUCUAGUCGAGUUACGGGAGCAAAUCUUGCGAGUGAAAGAUACCGAGAAGGUUCCAAUGGUGCUAGUAGGGAAUAAAUGUGAUUUGGAGGACGACAGAGUGGUAUCAAGAGAUCAAGGGGGCGGUCUAGCGUCCCAAUGGAGCAGCACAUUCUUGGAAACGAGUGCACGGAAGAAGAUAAAUGUCGAUGAAGUGUUUUUUGACCUGGUCCGUCAGAUCAACCGGAGUAUGCCAGACAAGGACAAGAAGAAAGACAAAAAGAAAUGCAUCAUCCUGUAG